AUGGCCGACGAGGAGCUGGCCGCUUUGCGGGAGUCGUCAGCCUUGCACCCGGCGUGCGAGGAGGCGGCGUCCGACGAGGAGCACGAUGAGAUCUUUCGCCACCUGUGGUGGCGCGUGGUGCCCGUCCUGUGGCUCGGCUACGUGCUCAACAUCGUCGACAGAACCAACCUGGGCUUCGCGGCACUUCAGAUGCAGCAGGACCUCGCUCUGACGGCGCAGUCAUUCGGCGUGGCGUCCGGCUUCUUCUACCUCUCGUACGGGCUGAUGCAGGUGCCGUCGAACCAUCUGGCGAGCCGGAUCGGGCCCGUCCGUGUGCUCGCCGUCUCAACCAUAUCCUGGGGUGCGGUGUCGGCUGCGACGUCGCUCGUCGGCGACGCCGCCGCGCUCUGCGCGCUGCGCUUCCUCCUCGGUCUCGCCGAGUCCGCCUUCUACCCCGGCUGCCUGUUUCUGCUCUCGCGCUGGUUCCCGCCGCAGUCGCUCGGCCGCGCGGUCGCCCUCUUCGCCACCGCGACGUCGGCGGGCGGGCUGCUCAGCACGGCGGGCUCGGGCCUGCUCAUGCAGCUCACCGACGGCGUGCGCGGCUACGUCGGCUGCAGCAUGAUGCUCAACGUGUCGCGCUUCUUCCUCCCCACGCAGCUCCGCGAGGCGCUCCCCGCCGGCACCUCGCCCGCGCAGGUCGGCUGGCUGCUCGCCGUCCCCGCCGUCGCAAAGGUGGCCGCCAUGCCGCUCGUCGCGCGCUACACCGACGCAGGAGGGCACGCCCGCCGGCUCGCCGCCGUCGUGCGGCUCCUCGGCGCCGGCGCCGGCCUGCUGCUGCUCGCCGCCACCGCGAUGGUCGUUUCGUCGGGUCCGCCCUCCCUCGGCCUCGUCUCGCUCGUCGCCGCCGCCGACGUGGCGGUGCAGACCGCGGUGCCCGUCUUUUGGGCGCUGCACAUGGGCGGGCUGCCCGCGCCGCUCGCGCCCGCGUCGAUCGCCGUCGUCAACUCGGUCGGCAACCUCGGCGGCUUCCUCGGCCCGUCGCUCGUCGGCACGGUGCACGACGCCACCGCCGGGGAGAAGUGCGGUGGCCAGUGCCCGUGGGGGUGGGGCCUACUCGCCGUCGGCUUGGCGUUCGCCACUAUCACCGCCGCCGUCUCGCUCGGGCCGGCCGGACAGUACCGCGAGCCGCAGCUCUGA